UGUUGUAGUUGUUGUUGUUGGCGGCGGCGGCGGCGCAGGAGGACCAGAGGACGGGCCGUGCAUGGACCGGAGUGUCGCCGGAGGCCGGCAGCAGCGUGCAUGAGCCGGGGCCGGUUGCAAUCUAUCCCUCCCGACCCAUGCUUGUGCCAUGAUGAUGAAGAAGAAGCAACCGCUGGAGGUGUCGGUGAAGGACGAGACCGGCGCCCUGCUGAAGCCCGAGUACCUGUCCAAGGUGGUGGAGGAGGAGGAGGGAGAGGAGGAGGAGGAGGACCGGGCGGCUGAGGAGACCGCCUUGGCUCCCGAGGCCGAGCUCAGCCGCCCUCGCAACGGGCUGCAAGCCCUGCAGCAGCACCGGGGCUGCAAGCGGAGGAACAGCCUCAACUCGGGCUUCAAGCACCCGGGCUUCAAGCGUCGGCGCCGGGCGGCGUCCGACUGCGACCCGGUGCUGCCCAGCAACUUCUUGCUGGGCGGCAACAUCUUCGACCCGCUCAACCUCAACAGCCUGCUGGACGAGGAGGUGAACCGGGCGCUGAACGCCGAGACGCCCAAGUCGUCGCCCUUACCCUGCCGCAACCGGGACCCGGUGGAGAUCCUGGUGCCCCGGGACAUCACUGACCCGCUCAGCCUCAACCGCGACUCCGAGGUGCUGCCGUCGCCGCUCAAGCUCGGCCGCAAGCGGAGGCACCGCCACUGCCACCACCCGGCGGCCGAGGCCGCCGAGCCGCCCGCCGCCGCCGCCGAGGAGGAGCUGCCGCCCGCACCGGCCGAGCCGCAGCCCUACGAGCUCAACACGGCCAUCAACUGCAGGGACGAGAUCGUGUCGCCGGUGCUGCGGGGAGCGGAGGGAGGCGGCGGAGGAGGAGGGGGGACCCGGCACCGCAAGAGGAGGCGGACUUGCAGCAAGUCGGAGCCGGGCAAGGGUGCGGGGGGUGGGGGAACGGCGGAGGAGGAAGGAGGCGAGGGCAAGAAAUCGACGCCGGAGAAGCCGAGGGGUAAGGCGGGCCACGCCAGCCUGAGCCGGGAGGCCAAGGGUCCGCCCAGCUUCUCGGGCAAGCAGCGGCGCUUCCAGUACGGCAACUACAGCAAGUACUACGGCUACCGCAACCCGGGCCGCUGCCGGGACCCGCGCCUCGGCGUCUUCAAGGCCGACUGGUUCAGGGGCAAGGACAUCCUCGACCUGGGCUGCAACGCCGGCCACCUGACGCUCAGCAUCGCCAAGGACCUGAAGCCGUCGCGCAUCGUCGGCGUCGACAUCGAUGGCGGCCUGGUCCACUCGGCCCGCCAGAACAUCCGCCGCUUCCUGUCCGAGGACGUGCGGCCGUCGGCGCCCCACGCCCGCUUCCCCGUGUCGCUGGCCCGCUGCAAGGGGCCGAUCGCCGCGCCGCCCGUCGCCCUGGACCCGGAGCGGCGGGUGCCCGACUUCCCCAACAACGUCACCUUCGUCCAGGGAAACUAUGUGUUGGAGAAGGACGAGUUGCUGGAGAUGCAAAGACCAGAGUAUGAUGUCAUCCUGUGCUUGAGUCUGACUAAAUGGAUUCAUCUCAACUGGGGUGACGAGGGGCUAAAACGGAUGUUCAAACGCAUCUACAGGCAUCUGCGGCCAGGUGGGAUCUUCAUCCUUGAACCACAGCCCUGGUCUUCCUAUGGGAAACGACGGAAACUUACGGAGACAAUCUACAGGAACUACUAUAAGAUCAUCUUCAAACCGGAUCAGUUUACGUCUUAUCUUUUGUCCCCAGAAGUUGGAUUUUCCAGUUACGAGCUGGUGGGAACGCCUCAAAGCACAUCUAAAGGCUAUGGUGUGGCUGUGCAAGGCCUUACGAAGGGUUCCAGCGUCCUGUUUACCUCUUUCACAAGAAUCGUCAAUCCAGUGCAAGCUAAGACUUCCAAAGCCAGUUUCUGGCUGCUAUUUGUUUUUCGUUCAUCGGUGGCUCUUUCCUGACCAUCUCCUCUUUUCAAAGCCAGUGGAAGAUUCUACAGGGGAUGAGCACUGCCUUUUUGGUUGUUUUAAAUUGACAUGCUGUUAUUUCAGUCUGCUUCAUAAGGCUCACGAAUGUAAUAAAGCAUUUUAGGGUUAUAACUGCAUUUGCUGGGUUUAGGCACCUCUGGGCAGGGGAAAGGCAAACUGUUUGAAGAGGAUUUUCAACGUUCAAAAUGGUGGCAUUGCCUUCAGCAAUUCCUCAUGUGUCAAAUUCCCAUUGUUUGAGUAGGUGCUCAAUCCAAGGUGGGGGAGAAAGGAAUAUAGAGUAAAUGCGAAGCACUAUUACAGAUGAAAUGAUCUUUUCUGUGGACAGUUCUUGGACACUGAAGGGAAAUUUGCCACAUCACUCCCUACCCACCCUUGCUGAUGGUGUGAACUGGCUACUUCCUGAAACCAAUUGGCAUCAUCUAUCCUAAUGGAUGCAACUUCUAUUUUCAGUUUACUAGCAUAGUUGACCAUGCAGCAUCUUGGGUUUAUGUAUUGCCUUUCUUAACCUUGGGACAUCUCAUAGUGCUGUACAGCCAGUGAAAUGUCUUUUGGGAAAUGAUUAUGGUAAACUGUAUGUAAACCCUUGUUCUGUUAACUGUGGACUAGUGGAAAAUCUCUCCAUAUUGGUGACUUCAAGUUGAUCUUACCAGCUGUGGGCAUUGCACUGAAAUAACCCCUUAAUUCCAAAAAAAAUUGAUUAUAUAUUCUGUUCCUUUCUCACCCCCAAUUUCAUAUCAAAUUUCCAUCUACAUUUGAGCACAAAUCCUUGUGGGAGGGAGUUGGCAGAUCCAAGUCUUUCCUUCCAAGGAAUGCCAAAACACAUUGUUCCUCUAGUCAUAUCCUUGAAAAAUAUUCAACUCUGCUGGUACAUGUUUGUAUGAUGGUAGUUUUGAAACUGCUCCCUGUAAUAGGCUGCAUUUGGAGAAGGUGAGUGGGUCAGGAGUUGGGGUUACUCAGACAUUAAAUGCAGUUCUGCUGUGUAACUGGGCAAGGACAUGCACUUACCAUUACCCUCUACAGUUACCAUUGUCUCCACUCUUGGAUGUUUUGGGGUAGGAUGACUGCUAUAGACACAAUUCUAGUGACAUUAAAUACUAAAAUCUGGCCUCUGGGUGGGGCAGAGGUGUUAGGACAUUUGUAUAAAUUUGAGUUUGAAAUUAAGGCUGUUACUUGCAACAAAAAUGGUCAAAGUACUGGUUCAAUUCAUUAAUUGCUUGACCUCCAAUGUUUAGAAAUGUGUACCAGAUGAGUUUUAUUGCUUCAGGGGAAUAAAUUCUUGUGCCUAUCUUGUGUAACCUGGUCUUAAUGCUGGAAAGAUGCAGAAUAAAUGUAUGUUGAUGCUAAUACCUCCAAUACCCUACUUCCACCCCCCCCCCCCCCAUCCCUUUACUUUCUCUUCUCCUCUCUUCUCUCCCCCCCCCCCGAUUUAGACCAAGUUAGACAAGAGGGGAUCUUUUAGAGAUGACCCUUUUGUUGCUAUGCACUGUAAAUAACUCUUGCAGUACAGUAUGGAAAUUAUGCUGUUUUGAAAGUAAGGGGGUUUCUAACCUCCAUGGGCCAUUCAUUGCUUUUGGCAUGAGUAACAUUCUGUUCUUGACCCUCCUAUGCUCCUGGUCAACAGGUCUGCUGGUUAUGGGGAAUCCAAUUUUGUAAGGCAAAAUUCUUUAGGAGUGGAAGUGGCAAGCUUAGACUUGCCAAUGUUUAGAUUCCAGGAUCAGAGGAGAGUUGACCAUUCUGUUGUGCUGUACAACAAUGUUUUUCCCCAUUGGUAGACCAGUACAAGUACAAACCAGGGCUAAAUGUCUUGUUACCCUGGGGCAUAGCUUAGUUUCCAGACCGAAUUACAAGAUCCAUCUGCUCAGCAACCUUCAGGGCUUACCAUAGUCUGUUUCCUCCACCUCCAUCCAUUGUGAAGGAUCAGUGUUAAUAUAGGGACAUGGAGAGUUCUAGAGAACAUCUGAUUUACUACAUGCCUGACUGGACCUCAAUGAGAAUUUGUGGCAAAGGGGCAUUUCCUCUUGCAUCUCAAUUUGUGUAGCAUUUUAAGUUUCUCAGUCACCCUAUUAUAUAUCCUUGUUUCACGGGGCUGCCAUUUCCAAAUGUGCCUCAAGUAUGGUUUUUUUCCCCCUCUGUCCAGAGUUCAGAUGGAGACUUCUGGCUUGUAUUUUUGGAAUUUAUGAAGUCCUUUUUCAGUCUGGGCUUUCAACCAGUUUGAGGGUGGAUGGUUCAAUGCUGUUUCCUUUUGGGUUACUGACCUACCUUCCUUUUUGGCAUAAUGAAUGGAUUUCAACUCUGAACUUAACCUGGCAGCAGAGAACCAUCUUGCUCAGAAAUCAUCCAGUUGGAAUGAUCAUUUGUCCCCAACGUUGACUGUGUAGUUCCCCUUUUGACUUUGUCCCAUGUUUUAAGCCACAGUCUCUGCUAGAAGUUUAAUACUGUAGUGACUAAAUGGCUACAAUAUAUUUCCUGAUCUGUCCUUGUCUUUCAAACCCUGUUCCAUGAACAAAAGACAAUGGUGCUUCUGAAGAGCUGUGUCUGCCUUAAGACCCAGGUCACAGCAUAAGCUUCAGUGAGGUAAAUUGAUUAAAUGCAGACUGAGCCUCUCGGUUAAUUGUACUGGUCUAUUGGGUACAUUAAGCCAUGGCUUCUAAAAGAGGUGCUUUUUCCAGCUAUUUACCAGCUCCAUAAGAAAUUUUCUUCAGUAUGAUAAAUUGUAUCUUUGACAACUGGUUCACUGCAGCUUCUAAAUGGGGAGGGUGGGCAACUGUGUACAUGUCUGCAUUAUGGGGGGUGGUAAAGUGCAAAUAAACUUGAGAUUCUAGAUUUUUAAGAAAAGUAAAAAUGUUGUCUUUGAUAAAAAGUUUCAGGAAAAAGUAAUUUGUGAAUUUUUGUAAAAAAAAAUAAAAUGCUGCAAAAAUCCAAUGUCAAACAUACAUCAAGUGUCAUUACAAUAAAGGAAGAGUGUUAAACAGG